UGAAAAGAAUGAUUGGCUAAUUUAUUUGUGUAUUUUAUGGAUUUUAUUAGAUCAAUCACCCAAAGCCAGAAGAUGGAUGGAUUGCAGAAUACUCUGGUUAAAAUCACUACCAGUAAUAUUAAUAAUUCUUCCAGUUCUGCCAUUUUAGCAGCUCAUAAUUUAGACACCAUCAGGGAUGUUAUCAACAUGGCAUUGCCAGGGCUAGGAUUAACUGGCUCAGAAAAAGAUUACCAGCUGUGGGUCCAUUAUGGCAAGACUGAGGCCCCAUUCCCACUCAUGGGCCAUGAAAAUCCGUACACAAUUCAGGAGCACUAUUAUCGAACUUCCAUCCGUCAGUCCGCACCAGGGAAGCCCACCUCUCCCCAUAUCCUUCUGGAGUCCAUCCCAGAGAUCUUAGCUAAUGGAAAACUCCAGUUUAUCCUGACAUGCUGGGGCAAGCCAAGACCCCAGCGUAGAGGUGCAUUUUUCAGAAAUUAUUUGUCUUGCCUGGGAGCUACAGCAAGCCAGGACGGCCUGUCUCCGGACACUGAUGCUACUGCACAGCUGGUUAGGCUUCAAAUGAAUGAUCUUACAGCAGUCAUUUUGGAGAUGCUUCACUUUUUAAGGCAAAAUGGGCCAUCGACAAAGGGUAUUUUUCAAAACAUUGACAACAUAAAAUCAUUUCUGUGUCUCAAGGAAAGAAUUAUGUUUGGACAUACAUUAAAUUGGGAGAAUGAGUCUCCACUUGUCGUGGCAGCCGCAUUAAAGGAUUGUCUUCAGAUCAUACCUGGAACUCUUUUUACAAUGGAACUCUACGAUAGUUGGCUUGGUGUCCUUGAUGAGGAUGAAGUGGAAAUCACAGAAAUCAGAAGGCUCUUAGAACACCUGCCCGCCUGCAAUGUGGACAUCCUGAGGCAGUUAUGUCUGUGCUUGCAUGAGAUAUCCAACUAUGCCUCCUUCAACUGA